UUCAAAUAAAACUGAUGAGAGCACUGAAAAAGUUCAGAUUUUUCAUUCAUGAAUUCGAUCAUGUGCGUCGCAAAUAUUUGUUUUCCGCAGCCUUUUCUGAUGCUGCUAUUCAAGAGCCCACCGCCAUUAAGGAUCCUGUUUCGUCAUUUCCAAAAGCUACAAUCGAGUUCCAUUUGCAGGAACUCUUGAAGAAAUGUGCAAGAGAGAAAUCCUCCGUUGAGGGUAAGGCUUUCCAUGGAAAGAUCAUUCAGUUAGGGUUACAAUUAGACGUAUGGAUCUCCAAUAUACUCAUCAACAUGUAUUCGAAAUGCGGGGACGUAAGUUGUGCACGCCAAGUGUUCGAUGAAAUGUCCGUUAGAAGUUUAGUUUCAUGGAACACCAUGAUUGGCUCAUACAUCCAGAACAAAAACGAACAAGAUGAUGCCCUUAAAUUAUUCGUUAAGAUGCGAAGGGAAACUAAUGAAUUCAGCGAGUUUACAGUAUCAGGCGUAGUUUGCGCUUGUUCUUCGAAUUCUGCCAUAUCUGAAUGCACUCAACUUCAUGCUUUCGCUGUAAAAACUGCCACAAUUUCAAAUGUCUUCGUUGGAACUGCAUUGCUUGAUGUAUAUGGUAAAAAUGGUCUCAUAGAGGAAGCUUGUCAUAUUUUUCGUCUCUUGCCUGAAAAAACAGACAUCACAUGGAGUUCGAUGAUUUCCGGUCUAGUCCAAAACGAGUUACACGAAGAGGCGUUAGCUUUCUUCCACAAAACACAAAUACUAGGAUUGGAAAACAACCAAUUCAGUUUGUCUGCUGUUAUCUCCGCCUGCGCGGGCUUAACUGCGUUAAUAGAAGGUAAACAGAUUCACGCUAUCAUUGCUAAAAUCGGGUUCAGCACAAAUAUGUACAUAUCAUCUUCUCUUAUAGACAUGUAUGCUAAAUGUGGAAUCAUCGUAGAAGCGUAUUCAAUCUUUACCGAUGCCAAUGAGAAAAACGUAGUACUAUGGAAUGCUAUAAUAUCCGGGUUUUCUAGGCAUGCUUGCUCAACAGAAGCCAUGAUUCUCUUUGAGAAAAUGCAACAGACAGGCAUUUCCCCGAAUGAAGUAACCUAUAUAUCGAUCAUGACUGCCUGCGGGCACAAGGGUUUGAUCGAAAACGGGAGAAGGUAUUUUAACCAGAUGGAAAAAGAACAUAAUAUUUUGCCUAAUAUUUAUCAUUAUUCGUGCAUGGUUGAUAUACUAAGCCGGGGAGGUAAAGUGAACGAAGCUAAAGCAUUAAUCGACGAAAUGCCUUUCGUUGCUUCCGCGUCAAUGUGGGGUUCGAUUUUAGCCUCUUGCAGGAGCCAACAGGGGAAUAAUAUCGAGUUGGCUGAACUAGCCGCGGCUCGUUUGUUCGAAAUUGAACCUGAUAACGCAGGAAAUCACGUCCUUCUUUCUAACACUUACGCAGCUAACAAAAAGUGGGAAGAGGUUGCGAAGACGAGAAUGGGUUUAAAAGAGAGCGAAGCGAAGAAGGAAAGAGGAAAGAGUUGGAUUGAAGUGAAGGCGAAAGUUCAUACUUUUAUGGUGGGAGAGAGGAGCCAUUGUAGAAUUGUUGAGAUUUAUGAGAGGUUAGAGGAUUUGUUAGAAGAGAUGAAGAAGAAAGGAGGUUAUGGGAUUGGUGCUGAACAUGAUCUUCAUGACUUGGAAGAUAAUAGGAAGAGGGAGCUUUUGAGGCAUCAUAGUGAGAAACUGGCCUUCACUUUUGGUUUGAUGAGUUUACCUAAUGGGGUGGCGAUUAGGAUCAUGAAGAAUCUUAGAAUAUGCGGGGAUUGUCAUUCUUUUAUGAAGAUGGCGUCGAAGAUUACAGAAAGGGAGAUUGUUGUUAGGGAUACGAAUCGGUUUCAUCAUUUUAAAGAUGGUUUUUGUAGCUGUGCAGAAUUUUGGUAACAUAUUUCAGAGAUAGGCUAAUUUGAGUCAGUCUUGCAAAAACUUCCAAUUGGCACUGGGAUUGUGUAAUUGAUGAGAAGCUUGGGCUAACCCGUUGAGCUGAAAAGCUUGGGCUAACUGUUAUUUAGCAAACCGGAUGGAUCCAGCCGACGACAUCUCAAUGAUAAGGAGAAGAUUUGUGGUUAAAUGAGAGACUUCAAGAAGUCAUCACAUGAUUCUUGCAUGGAAGAAUCUUGAAAUUGGUAUUUUGUUACGAUUUUAAUGAUUAAAACUUAAUUUGAUCUAGAUUCUUACCAUUUUACCCUUGUUAGCAUUUGAUCUAGAUUGCAAAAGUUAAUUGUAGUUAAGGUUUAUGCAAUACUGGACAUAUGGAUUUAGGUUUAGGGUUGCCAUUUGAAGUAGAAAAACUGGAUUUUUGUAGCAUGACAGGGACCUCAAGGAAUUUUAAACAGAGUGGCUAGUUGAGA